GUGAAAGUGUGUGUGUGUGUGUCCGUGUGUGUGUGAUCUUAUGGUGCAACCAUGACAAGAGCCGCACUGACUAAACUUGUCAUCCUCGUGAUCCUCGCCUUCAUCAUCUGCCUCCCUGAAUUCUUCACAUUGUACAAAGAAUCAAAAGUUAACUUCCACUGCCAGCCUUACCGACCGCGCGAGCCAGGGAAACAGGUGAAGGCGGGAAAAGAUGGGAGGAUCGGACAUGUGGACCCAUCACAGACUCCAGAAUGGGAAAAGUGGGAACAGGCCUGCGCGCGGGAGGAUCAAAGCAACGCGACAGAUCCUGCGUCAGACUCCAGGAGAGGUGACGAAGAUCCGGAAAAGAGUUGUUUCAUGUGUGAAACAGAUACAGACAUGCUGGCACUGCUCAGAGAAAGCACAUCGUCAGCUUUAAAGGUACAGUUUGAGGUGUCGGUGGAGCUUCACCUCCCUGAUGUCGUGAAUCUCACCUUGUACAGCCUAAAUAAUCACGGCUCCUUACACCUCCGCCCACCUGAGGAAGAGGACGGAAAGACGAAGGAUGGCGAAGGACCGCGGAGCGAGGCAUUUUACUGCUGUCUCCCUUCCCGGCUCGCCUCGGCGUCGGCCAAUCAAAGCCGCUGUCUCCUUUGGUUCUCCAAUCGAACAGUUUUGACAGCGGCCAAGGAAACGCUGCCAUGGAAACGGACGAUGAAAGAUGAGUGGAGCUGUAUGUUCAGGGUGCUCUGGCUGGUUCUUCUGUGCGUGGUGCUGCUGACUAUAGUCAUAGUCGUGCUCGGACAAAUCUACUGGAGGGGAUACUCCUGCAGAAAGCCCAAGGUGCACCCUGUUUGUUACGACUUCUCCGGCCAGCAGCUGAACGAUGGUGAGAAGCACGCGGACGUCAUUCACAAUGGAAUGAUCCUCCCCUCCCAUGGGCCCCAGUCUUGGUUUGAACUGUCAACUAUUCACGAAGUCGACAGUCAAGAAAACAUAGAAACUCUGCUGGAUGGAAAUGUUGACCACUGUUAUACAGCAAAUCUGCAUCAUCGCAACCAUCCCUUCACCUCCUCCUGCACAGAGGAGCAGGGCUGGUGACGGAGGAGCAGCCAGAAGGAGCACAGAAAUGGACUUAAUGUACAGUGAAGAAGAAAAAAAAAGACUUUUUUAAGAUGUAAAUAAAAACACCUCAGACACAUAAAGAUGGUUAAAAUGUGUUUAUUUUCAACACCUCAUCCUCCAACAGUCUUCGGGCACUUUAGUAGACGGCGGUCUAAAUACAUUAGUAAACUGUCCAAACCUAAAUAAAUGACUCGACUCCCAAAUAUUUUUCAUUUCGCAUUACAAGUCAUUUUGUAUUCUAAGGCAACAGCACGGCUGAAGAAUGGUCUUGCCCUAUCUGGCUAAAGCUGAAAGGAUGCUUAAUAUCUUUCUAGCCAGCGUGUCAAAGUAUCUCCAGAAGAGAAGACGCAGAAGUAAAGAAGGAGAAGAAGAGUGCUUUAUCUCGUGCAGAGAUCUGUGUAACCGCAGGGCUGGAAGAGCCAAUUUAACACUGGAUAUUAAAAGACAGAUGCACUGGGUGCAUCUGCUGCUGAAA